AUGAAAGCCGAGUUGGCACUAGUAAGAGAACGAAUUGCUUGGACUCGUAGACAGCUAUGCAGAGUGGAUGAACGUAUUUUAUCUUUGAAUGAAGAAUUGUGGAUGACUUUAAAUGAAGAACAUUAUGCGACAGCUAAAAGAAUGAUCUCUGCGUCUUCUACGAAAACUUUCAACAAAGCACGUUCCACUCAGAUUGCCAAAUUCACAAAAUUGACGUCCUUUGGUCGGACGCAUCGCAGACAAGAAGAUUUGGCCAGUCAUCCACUACAACGCACCGUUAUCAAUAUGAGUGCUAGAAGACUUACGCCGGUUGAAGAAGAUUUUAUUUUAAUUUUUAUUUUAACAAAUUUUAUUUGGAUCGAUAUUCACAAUUUUUAACAAACAAAAGAAAAUAACAGAACAAAUAUUACAUUAAGUUAAAAUAACCUAGAUAUCAAAUGUAGAUCCAAAAAGGUAAGGUACGAACGGGACUCUUAUAAAAGGUCCCAUGCAGGGCACCCACCUCCAAAAUAGUAAUCAUGAUAACAAAUAGAACAUCGCGAACUCAAACUCGCUAAAGGAUUCAGGCAAGCAAAAAAUUAAAUGGAAUAGUUAAACUCGAAAUUCAAAAUAGUCACCGCUUCAGAGAGUUUGAGUAAACGUGGCUCAAUUUCCUGAAACUGGGCGUGUCAAGUAAACUAAGAGACAGAUUGAACAUGCAUGUAAAGGUAAAGGCCAGCUUCCACACAGGAAGAUCCUCCGCUGAACAGAAACGGCGGGAGAGCUUUCAUUGUGUUAAAUUCACGACGUCCACGUCAUUCGUGUUGAUUAAAUUCAUUUAGUUCGAAACCAGAGGUUCCAAACGAAAUCUCGCAAAACAAACUGAAAACUUUCCCGUCCACCCCGAUCCCGAAGACCCUCCCGAAUGGAGACUAGCCUUUACAUGAUAGACAGAAACAUAUUACAGAUAGAGACAGACAAAUAUACAAACACGACAAACUGACUUAACUAUUUCCUGUGGCAAGGACAGUCCCGUACCAGUGACCACGUACAAGAUAACUCAACAUCAUAGACUGACUUAACAAGUUCGGUAUAUUUACGUUUAAGAUAGUUUUUAAAGGAGAUCGGACUGGAGAAUGUAUCUGGAUGAACGACUUUACAUAUACAGUUCCAUGGUUUAACUAUCCGGUUGAAGUAUGACGAUUGAAAGGUCGUCGUUCUACACAAGGGUGUUUGAAGCACAACACUAGCAGCUUGACUGAGUCUAGUGCGUCUAUGUUCAAUGAAUGAAACAUAACUGUCCAUUUUAAGGUCGAUGUGGCCAUACAGCAUCUUGUAGAAGAACACGAGAUCUUUGAUUUCUCUGUCGUAUGUGAGAGGCAAUAGUUUCAAUGUCAUUAAUCGUUGUUCGUAAGGUAUUUCACCAGUCUUUAUUCUUAAUAUCCAUUUUGUCGCUCUCCUUUGAACUCUUUCAAUUCUUCUGUUGAGUUGACUGUGAUGAUUUGAAGACCAAACUUGUGUUGCAUAGGAGAGUUGUGAUUUAACUAGUGUCAGGUACAAUGAACGUCUGAUUUUGACGUUUGUUAAUGAUAAGCAUGUUCGUUUUAGCACACCAAGUUGUUUAUUAGCUUUCGACACGAUCUCAUUAACGUGAGUUUCCCAGUGAAGUUUGUAGGAGAGGGUUACUCCAAGAUCUUUCUCGUUUUCAACUCUCGACAAAUAAUUUCGACCGAGGUGGUAGGGAUAGGUAAUUGGAUCUUUCUUACGUGUCACCGACAGUACCUUACAUUUAGAAGCGUUAAAUGUUAUGUUGUUGUCUUGAGUCCAAAUAUCUAACUUAUCUAAGGUCUGCUGAAGCUUUUCACAGAUGUCUUGGCUCUUGGAUUAAAUUUCGCUGUGGUACCCCGUGUUCUUCCUAAAGAAGAAUUCGUACAACGUUUGGAACCGAAGUUAUACCACAUGACGAACGAUGAAGCUAGUAACAUCCGCGUCCAAAUCACCGAGGUUCUACGACGUGCAACGCUUCCAGCUUCGAAUUUAACCAAGAAUAAGAAGGAUGCAUUGAAAAACUUAAGAGCAGAUAAGUCAAUACAUAUUUUAAAGGCUGAUAAGGGUAACGCUACGGUUAUUUUAGAUCGUCUAGAAUAUGAUAGUAAAAUCCUGGCUCUUUUAAACACUUCAACUUAUAAAGAGCUUAAAAGAGACCCUACAGCUAACGUUGAACGUAAAAUAUGUUCCAAACUAUCUGGUUUUAAAAAGGCAGGUAUUUUGUCUCAAACACUUCAUAAUUGUUUGAGACCUUCAGCUACUGUUUGUCCAAAAUUUUAUGGUUUACCUAAGAUACAUAAACCUAAUGUCCCACUAAGACCUAUUGUAGCGUCCAUAGGUUCGCCAACGUAUGCCCUGGCUAAAUAUCUCGCUGAGAUAUUGAAACCAGUUGUUGGAAAAACAGAUCAUCAUGUAGUAAAUUCUAAAGAAUUUGUAACAAAAAUGGAACAAAUUACAUUGGGUAAGAAUGACAUUCUGGUAAGUUUUGACGUAGUUAGCUUGUUCACUAAUGUUCCAGUUGAAGAGGCUUGUAAUAUCGCGAAAGAAAGACUUCUUUCAGAUAUUACAUUAUCUUAAAGAACUAAUCUUUCUCCUGAGAAUGUUCAUGAUUUGUUGAAACUAUGUUUGACCACGGCAUGUUUUCAAUGGCGGGAGAAAUUCUAUGAACAAACAAACGGCGCUUCAAUGGGAAGUCCAUUGUCGCCUGUUAUGGCUAAUUUGUUCAUGGAGGAAUUUGAAAGGAAGGCCUUAGCUACUGCAAAGUUGAAACCAGCUUUCUGGUUCCGAUACGUGGAUGAUACAUUGAGUAGCUGGUCUCAUGGACUAGAUAAUUUACAAAAGUUUCUAGACCACAUUAAUAGUUUGCAUCCAUCGAUCAAGUUUACUUUUGAAGUACAGAAGGAUGCAAUAAAACUAUACCGUUCUUAGAUGUUCUUUUCACUAUACAUGAUGAUGGGUCGCUAGGACAUAAGGUUUAUAGGAAACCAACACAUACAGACAGGUAUCUGCAUUAUAAUUCAUUUCAUCAUCCUAGUAUUAAAAACUCUGUGUGCAAGACACUCAUCAACCGAGCGAAAACAAUUUGUGAGGUAAGUAACAUUGACGAUGAAUUAGAACAUUUAAGAAAUGUUCUAAAAAUGAAUGGUUACCCACGGCAUUUCAUAGAUAAUGCUAUGAAAACGCCACAAAGUAUAGAGCAGAAGAUUGAAUAUCAGUCGUCUGUUUGUCUGCCAUACAUUGGAAAGAAUUUCGAGGAAUGAAGCAGGUAUAUAAAGGUAUACCAUUCCAGCGAAAACAAAUUGUUUCGAGCUCUUUGCACACAUAAGGACAACGUAAAUGAAUCUCAGAAACCUGGUGUGUACCGCAUUCCUUGUGAAUGUGGUCUGGUUUACAUUGGUGAAACUGGUCGAAAUCUCUCAGUACGUCUUAAGGAACACAAGACGAAUUGCGAGAAAGCCGAGCAAGAUAAAUCUGCUGUGGCUAAACAUAUACUUGGACUUACGACCAUCGUAUAUAAAAUGGGACGAAGCAACCAUUUUGGCGAUUGAUAGUCAUAAGUUCUCUCGCAAAAUGAGAGAGUCAAUUGAAAUCGAGAAGCACAAUACUAUAGAUCAGGAGGGAAAGCCACUAGAUAGUACGUGGCGUGCUCUCUUUAAUGUGCAAAAUUAAUUUCUCUGUCUUGGAUGCGCGCGCGUUAAUUGGAAUCACUUCACUACGUUUGAAAUGACGUGGUUGAUGUGCCGUUUAAUUAAAUUUCAAAUGACGCGAGCCAACAGAUCACGACACUCUUGUAUAUAAAAGAGCGUGUGAAUUAAACAAGUCACAUAUUAUUAGCACUGAUGAAGAUCCGGGCUUACGGAUCGAAAGCUUUGCAGUAGUAAAUUUACGUGGUGUUUCCACAAACAAAAACAAUUAUAUUUUAUCGCCAUGCAAACAUUCAAGGAACUUAUUAGGAGAAGCGAUGUUUUACAAUAUAUUGCACUUUAUUGCACAUUAUCCAGCACUGGUGCAGCUAGGAUUCCCAUUAAAUAAUCUUGUAUUAAGGAGAUCUAAGGGACUUUGUGGGAGCCCCUUUUGAGCGUGCCUCCCUCGCCCUCUUGCAUGGCGGUGCUGCAUGGAUAGAAGUGACUAAAUCAACGUUUCCGUUUAAGAAAUAUAGUCAUUAAAUAGUAUAUCAAAAAGUUUUUAUUCAUUUUAUCCAAUAUAUAUAUUGCAGGUUGCAUCCCAAUCAUUAUGGGGAAUCAGGUUGGUAAUCCUGGCUAAACCGGGACAUACGAAUAGAAUUAGUCGGAUUGAAAAAUCAAGUGUGAAGACGGGAAUAGCCAAUACAUUAGGUACGUGACAAGUUCGUAAUUUCGAAUUUGUAGUUUGUACAGUAGAUCCCCAAAUAUUAAUUAAAUACUAUAAAAAAUAAUGAAUCAGGGGAUACCAUGCAGACUGAAUCGCUAACAAACUAAUUCCAUUAGUCCUAUCUGAAUAAUUUUAGGAAAUAAAGGAGGCGUUGGAAUUUCGUUUGGCUUUUUGUCCACGUCGUUGUGUUUUAUCAACUGUCAUCUUGCAUCAGGGAACGAAACUUUAAGAAAACAAAGGUAUUUAGUUAUUUGUUGUGUCUAUAGCGUCAUGUAUUCUCGUCCAGUUAUACACCAAUCACCUAGUGUCAAUUUCUAAGGUACUCGAGUGCUGUGCAUCUAUAGAACCUCAAAUAUACCUCCAACACGGCUUCAUGUACUAUUUAAAACAUGAGCAGCAGUGUUUUAUCAGAUAUAAAGAUACGAGGCGAAGCCGAGUAUUUUUAGGUCUGAUAAAACACUGCUGCUCAUGUUUUAAAUUUCUUCAAAAACAAUCGAUCUAGUGAGUUCAUCUAGUGAAGUAAUUUUCAAAAAAUACGUUGUGUAAGUCGAGAAAAUCAACGUUAAAGUUUAUGUAAAUCUAGGGAAAUCUUUUUCGCAUAUAUAAGAUACGACACGCUUAUGAUUUUUCUUUGUGUUUUCCUCAUGAAUUAUUAAUGAGUUUUUGAAGAAGUGUAUUAAACAGUGACACAACUUGUAAAAGUUGAUACAUUUUAUAGAGGUUUAUAUAUAUAUAUAUAUAUAUAUAUAUAUAUAUAUAUAUAUAUAUAUAUAUAUAUAUAUAUAUAUAUAUAUAUAUAUAUAUAUAUAUAUAUAUAUAUAUAAUUUAUAUAAUUUAUAAUAUCACGAUAUUAUAAAUUCUAUCACAAGCGGAAAAGAGGUGGACGUCGUGUACUUUGAUUUAUCCAAAGCAUUUGACAAAGUGCCCCAUAAUUUGUUGCUCAUGAAACUUUAGCAAGGGGGGAUUUUCAUUUAUUAAAAGGAGGGGUAGAAAAAUUUCGGGUGUGGUGCAAGCGGCCCCACUCAGUGAGCUUCAACAGGGGUUAGGCAUUUGGGUUAAAGCCUUUCACACAAAAUUGGAGGGGUGAAGCGAAAUUUAGGUGAGGUUGAACACUUUAUUAGAGGGGUUAGAGAGAUUCUAGGAGGGGGUUAACCCCCCCCCCCUAACCCCCCAGUUUAUUCCGCCCAUCAACUUUAGUCUCAUGGUUUUUCUGGCCCACUGCUGGAAUCAGAGUUAUCUCACUGGUAGAAAGCAGGGAGUACUCUUGGAAGGCGCAGAUUGGCUACCGGUAAUUUCUAGUGUUCCCCAGGGGUCUAUUCUUGGCCCUUUAUUGUUUUUAGUUUACGUAAAUGAUGCCCCCAGUUGUAUUAUUAUUGCUCUCUUCGCUGCAUGAUGACUCAAAAUUGCAUCAGACGAUCGACAAGGCUGAUGAUUAUAGCUCAUCCCAAGGAGAUUUGGAUUGUCUGCAUACCUGGACUUUGAGUUGGGGUUUAGAAUUUAAUUCUUGCAUAUUUCGAAAAAAAAAGUUGUCUCAUGCUAACAAAUUGAGUGUGCGCUUACAAUUGUCAACCUUGGGAUCAGGGCCGUCCUCAAUUCUUCGAUGUUUAAUUGAUUUUCCUAGUUAGUUUUUUCAAUUAAAAGGGUUGUAAUGCGCCUUAAAAACCAUCCUUUAAACUGAACUAAACUAUUGUGCCAUAUUGUUUGUAUUUUCAUCAUUUACAGCAUUAUAGUAAGAACAUAUAUAUCCGCUGCUGUACUAGAACGGACUAAUAUCAUGGCUUUGUGCUCAAAGAAAGUGUGUUUUUUAUAGGCGACAGCUAAACUACAUGGACAUACUGAAAGGUCUGAAUCUUGGUCAUAAAAGUGCGUACGAUCUAACAAAUCAAUUUCACCACGUUUUUUGGUUCGGAGAUUUAAAUUACAGAAUUGAUCUGCAGUAUGAGGUGAGUUCAGAUGAUCUGCAGAAAGUGAAUCAAGGAAAUAAAAAAUGGUAAUUCUCAUUAAGUGUUAAACUGCAUUGAUUCAAAUGCACCGCUUCAAUUAUCGUCAACCGUGUCACACUAAUGGUAGGUUUGUCCCUACCUAUUAAAUAUACAUGCAUCCCAAAUACAUGCAUGUUUACAUAAGAAUACUACAAGGUAAUAAUUAUACAGUUAUUCUUCAAAUUACUGGACAGUAUUUAAAUAUUAACAUAAUAAGAUUUAAGUUCUUUGUAUGUUUGCAUGGCGAUAAAAUAUAAUAGUUUUGUUUGUGGAAACACCACGUAAAUUUAUUACUGCAAAGCUUUCGAUCCGUAAGCCCGGAUCUUCAUCAGUGCUAAUAAUAUGAUUAGCACUGAUGAAGAUCCGGGCUUACGGAUCGAAAGCUUUGCAGUAAUAAAUUUACGUGGUGUUUCCACUAAAAAAACUAUUAUAAUAAGAUUUGUAAUACAUUCUAUCACAAAUAUGUUCAUCCUUGCUGAGAAUGACCGUGAUAUGUCUAUAUCUAGGAAAUUAUGCAAGCGAUAAUUGGUAUGGACUACAAGAAGCUGUCAAGUGAAGAUCAGUUAAAGAAGGAGCAGGAUAUAGGAAACGUAUUUGUUAAUUUCCGUGAGUACAUAUAGCGAAUACCUUACUUAUACAUUCGCUGUUAUAGCGUUAUUUUAAAAUAAGUGCAGUGCUUCUUCUGAUGUUCGAAUUGAAUAUAUAGUCCCCGGAAGCAUUUACGUUAGUGAGUACACUGUACGUCCGCAAUGUUUUAUGGGAUACUCGUGCGGAAGUAAAUAUAUUCAAUAAAUAGUCAUAUUCGUUUACCACCACCCCACCCGCAUACAUUCCAGGGUUAUUUGCGCAAAAACUGGAUGACGCAAUGAUUUCCGAGGGUUCUGUUCACGGUCAGUAUAGUUGAAAUAUGAAGAGUUUAGAUCGCCAGUAUGAGCCAAUAUGUUCAUGUCAAAUUUGCACUGAAGCUUAAAUUUCAAAGUGAUCAGCACACUGUCUUAACCAUGGUUGAGUAAUGGCCAUCUCUUACAAUUAUUGGUCCUGUGUUGCCACUGGGGGAAACUGGAGAAACACUGCGUAGGCUGCGUUGUUUGAGACAGUCAAGCUAGAAGCACACUUCUACUUCUACCUGAUACAUGGGAAAUUAUAAUCAGACAACCCAUCCUGCAUGUUGAAACAGUAUUUAGAAUAUUUGUGUCUGUGAGCGCCAGCUAUUCACGUAUGCAUGUAUGGUGUGUAUUUGUAGAUGAGAAUGUGCCUCACUUUCCGCCCACAUAUCGAUACAAGAGAGGAACACGUGAAUCAUAUGAACAUAUUAAAGUGAAGCGAGCUGGGGUAGGUUUACUUUUUUACAAUUUGUAUCGCGCACUUCAUGUAAUAGACGGCCAGCCAGCCGAUCAAAAUACGACUGUCGAUGGCAUUUUUUGUUACAAGUAAACAACAAGCGUUUUCUUAUAGCUUAGACACUGGUGAGUCACGUUUGGUAUGUUGCCACCUCUGAUUUUAACGAACGAAGAGAAAAUUUUAAGCAUUUGAAAAGUUUGCCUAUUAAAUUACUGAUACUCCCAAAAAAAUGUGAAAUUUGAAGUUCACUUAAAUUAGCAUCGUUUAUAUCGUUAGAAAGAGCAUAAAAAAGUACAUAUAAGACAUUUAAACGAGUAAUACGAUUAAUUUAUCCAAAUUCGAGUUAUGAACACUUAAAAAUAGGUAAAAUGCGGUGAAUGACGUCACAAAAGCUGUUUUGUAGCAACUUUAAGCGCCUGUAACUCAAAACAGGGUUAUAAAUUCACACUUCUCACUUAAAUGUUCUAUACCUACUUUUUUCCGAACUUUCUGAUUAUAUACGUGAUUUUUUCUGAAAGUUGGUUUCAAAUUUCACAGUUUAGUGAGUAUAGCAAUUUUAAUAGGCAAAAUUUUCAGAUUCUCAAAAUUUUUCACUUUAAAGUCAAUAUCAGAGGUGGCAACCUAUCAAACGUUGUUCUCCAGUGUCUAAGCUAUACGAAAACGCCAGUUGCCAGCUUGUAACAAAAAAUGCCAUCAAUGGCAUUUUAGAGACACUUUUAUUGAGGUUGGCUGGCCGUCUAUAAUGUAGCCUGGCAUGGCAAAAAAUGUGGCAUUUUAUAUGUCGUAUAUAGUUGUCUCAUAUAUUCAAUAGUGAGCUUAAGCAAGCAACGUUUUUGUCAACAUGAACGUCACCUAAAGAUUAGUAUAACUAAUAUUGGAGGCAUUUUGCAUCAUAGCGCUCAUGCAAGGAAGCAAACAACUAUGAAAAUCUUAUGUUUUGUCAUAUGUUGAAGAUUACCCCAAAUUGACACAUACCCAAUUUGGUUAUCAUUCCAUGUUUCGCGCACCAAUAUAGGUUAGGGGUUAGGUAUUAGGGUUAGGUUUAGGGUUAGGUUUAAGGUUAGGGUGUGUUAUAUAUGUGUAUGGAGGUAUCUAGUGAACUUUUCAGUACACUAUAAUAUCCAUUAUACAUAACGUUUACUAUAUUGGUGCGCGAAACAUGGAACGAUUACCCACAAUUUUUAAUCCAGUCCCCCUUCGGCAAUCUGACGUCCGUGUUGACAAAAGCGUCCUUUGCUUAAGCUCCCUAUUACUUGUUGACACUAUACCGAAAUGUAAACACAGUUUUGAAUCCUUUUAGAAUCGCAUCAACGUCCCUUCAUGGUGUGACAGAAUAUUAUGGAGAUCGUUUCCAGAUUUAACUGUCAGGCAAAACUCGUACGGUACGUUUUUCAUUGUCAACAAACAACGCAAUUAAUAAAAAAGGUGCAGCAUGUGCAUGUAGAUAAAUAUAACAUUCUCUCAAUUCACAAUUAGCGAAACGCAUGCAUGGAGUAUAUGUGGGUGAUUUGUGUUCGUGCAUGAUGUGGCACGACAUUCAUGAUCAAUUAUCCAUGCGUACAAAUUCCUUUUCAGGUUGUACAAAUGAUAUUGUUUCUAGUGAUCACUCGCCCGUUUUUGCGUCGUUUGAUGUUCCAAUAGCAAGUCAAUUUGUGGCCACUCCUGGUGAGUAUUUUAUUCAACUUACCUUGCUGUCAACCAUAUUAUAUAGAUAUUAUAAUAUAGAUAAAAAAUACUCUGAUAAUUCUGAUUGGCUAAGAGCAGUGCAAUUAUUUUUGAAAUUGCACACUGUGCAAUUACUGCAGGUCAAUUAACAAAACAAUGGAAACAAAGCAGAAAAAAAUCAACAUGACGGCGGAUAGUAGCAAAGUAAAUUUUCACUUUUUGACGACUUUUUUUGCACACUUUCAAUGGAAAAUCGGACGUUGAUAUAACUUAAAGUGCCUAUAUCACUUGUAGGACUUUUAUGGAUUUGAGGAUAUAGGCCUUUAAAAAACGGACUGUUCCUGAGUCCCUGCAGCCUCCUGGGGUCUAAACACGGCUAUUGAAGUUUGGCCUUUGUAGAAACUGUCCAUUGUGCAUAGGAGCCUGGGACUCAGGAACUGUAGGUAGUUUAGAGACCUGUAUCUUCGAAAUUAUUGCACCAAAUCAAAAAAGCUUUUUAACUAAUUAACUAACUUUUUACGCUCUUUUCAAAUCCAUAAAUGUCCCACAAGUGAUAUAGGCACUUUAAGUACAAGGAGCACAUAAAUUAAAAAGGUUUUCUAACAAGCAAUGAAAACAAUACUUAAUUGGUGUAGGUGAGUACAUAGCAGUGGUGUCAAGUAUAACGAAGUAAGUGUACUUCGUCACUGUACUUGAGUACCUCUCUCCUCCACAGAGCCUCCUUAAGUAUUUACAAAUAACUUACAUGAAGUUUCCUGAAUAAAAGUGAGCGCGCGCGGUGUGAUGGGAAGAUUGAAAUGAAGACGGGAAGGCUCUGCCAGAUAAUGCAACGAAGUAUGGUUUUUGAACCAAACUUGUUGUUUGACCUUUUUUUAAACUUGAAAUCGACGGAAAUGUGGAAGAAAUUGAAAUAAAUCUCCAUAAUCUGAGUAUCGAAUCUAUUCGAUACUAGUUUCGUAUUCACUUAUGAAAACUUUACUCGAACCUGCCAUUUUCCCUAUUUCCCUUUAUUAAGUGUACAUUUUCAUCUGCCUAGGCCUAUAGGACCUUCUAUUUAUAUUUCGACGCUUUUUCGCACGAGAAGACAAAGGGCGGGCGAAAGUCAUGAAGUCGAUUAACCUGUAAACAACUGCCACCAGCCGAUUAAAGAUCCUUGGUCUAGGUUGCAUUUGCAUGCCAUGAACAAUAUAAUUUUCAGGGGAAUUAUGAUCAUGGAUAACGAAUAGGAUAUGUUUUAUCACCACAGCACUGAUUAUUAUUGUUAUCACAAUUCUGCAUGUAUAGAUAAAGGAAGACCACAGUCACAACCAAAUAAACCUUCGUGCAAAAUUAACAUCCCAUUCAUAAAAGUGAAGGUAAGGUUCAUCAAUUCCUAAUAAUUCAAGUAUUUUGCCAUAUACGUAUGUGCAUUAUUGAACUCUUAUAUCAUCCUUUUCAAUAAUUAAAAUGUAAUGUUAUAUUUUCAGCUUUAUUUCAAUCUUUUAUUUUUCCUUUUCGGAAAUGAUUUAUAGACAUCGUUACUUGGAAAUAUGUACCAAUUUGCCUUCUGAAUGUAUAACCUAUUUUAACCCAAUUUAACUAAACCACCUUUUUCUAACUCUAUCUAUAAUUAUGUACAUAGCGUUUCAUUAUUUUACAGGUCAAGACUGUGAGCAAAACGGAUUUUUAUCUCGAAUUUCAUUCAGCCUGCUUAGCAAGUAAGUAUUACACGCACGCCCAGCCACUUCGUGAUCGUGUUUACAUUAUAUAUGGAGACAGACUGGUUUCCAGUCGAUAUAUUUCAAUGUGUGCGUCUUGGUAUAUCGGACUGGCCAAAAACCGGUCUAGUCAAAACAUUACAAUGUGUUUCUAGACCAUUGAAACAUGUAAGGUCAAUACAUUGUGUUGAAACAUAUACUGUACUUGUGAUAAUAGGUCUUCUCGUUUUAUUAGCAUUUAAUGAUUUUAUUGACGAAGAGAAACCCUGUUUUAUUUUCUACGAGUUUGAGGAUUUGAACAGUUUCCUUCUUGCUUUAGGCCCUUAUACGCCGUGCCAAAUUCGUUAUCGCCCAAAAGUUCGGCUUGUUCAUCACUUUUGUCCUGAAUGGAAUGAAAUCGUCUUGUUACAUUAUACAAAUAGGCCUAAUGAAUGUUUAUGAGUGCAAUGGUAAGAAUAUUUUCAUGAGACGACAACCGGCGACAGCCGAGUUGAAUGGAACAUUCCAUCUUUCCCCGAACGAAAAUAUUCUUACCAUUGCACGAAUAAACAUUCAUUAUUUGUUUUAUAUAAUACCAAAAUAGGAAGUGGAAAUUGAAUUUUCUAUUCAAUAUCACUUGACCAUAAAACAGCCGAUUAAACGAUCAGAAUUCAAUAAGGUAUUAUAUAAUAUUAAUUCCUCGCCAUCGUACCUUCUAGCGCAUGGUAUAGUAAAGAAGGGAAAUUCUUCUUGUAAACAAAAGAAAAAAUAUGUUAUUGAUGUGUAAAUACGUGUCUUUCAGUUCCAAGUUCCCGUUCAUCCAUAUAUCGUAGAAUAUUGUAUACUUUAUAUAUGAGAGCCAUAUUCUAUACCUUAAACUCCAACAUCGUACUCAUGCAGGGCUUCAUAGUUUUACCCUACGCUUCCUGGCCACCAUGCAUUCUAUAGAGAGCGUUAAUUUUCAAACAGAUUAGUAUUAUGGGAAGCUCGUAUGCAGUUACAGACUUUGAAGUCAAUGGAAGAAAAACAAUAAAGUUUUUUGAAAUGAAAUUGUGCAAAUUUUUGGGCGAGGUUGUAACUCUUUAGGGCGUGAUGAUUGUGUGACUUGGGAGCCUGCCGAUACUUUGGUGACGUCCAUAGUAAUUUACGUAGAUUUCAUCCGUUGUAAACAUUAAGAUCUACUAACGCUCGUAUUUUAUCAAACACGUGCAUGCACCGAAUUCAACAACGCAGAGAACAGCUCGAAAAUUAAAAUUAAUUCUGAAGAAGACUCGCAAAAAGAAGAAAAAUGCUGUUAUGGAUUUAUUGAGCUAAAGGAGAAACCAUAUAUAAUUGCUCAUUUUUUUCAGCAAGUGUAAGAAGUAAGACAGGCAAAUCAUCAAGUCCUUGGGACCCACCACGCGCUGUGAACUCCAAACCUACCCUCACUAGUUAUUUGGAGUGGACAGAUUCAUUGCCAGAGGUUAGUUUUAUUUUUAUUAACAAAAACUGCUCAUGGCAUCUCAGAACCGCUCUACCGUUAUAAUUGGUUUAUUAUAAAUUGUAUUUUUAGCUCAAUCCUAUCCUUGACAAUCCCGACUAUCUUCGCGAACAACAUAUUCUCAUAGCUGUCAAGUCUGAAGCUGGUGAUGAAUCUUAUGGUAAGUGCUGAAUAUUCCAUAAAAUGAGAGAAUCUUCUGAUUUAAUCCAACACAGUUAUCAAAAUGUACAGUCAUCCAGGUAUAUUGCGGUCUCAUGACGAAGUUAGGCAUUACUUUAUAUUCGCUGCGUGAGUUUGUUAGUGUGUUAGUUUGUUUGGAGUCAUAAGCCUUGAUAUUUAUUCAAAAAUAGUCUUCGCGCUUGUAUGCACUUGUUAUGCGCAUGCGCCAGGGCAGCGCACUGCAGUACUAUGUCUGGAUCUUUUUAUUAUUUUCUACACAGGAGAGCAACAAAACUUUUAUAUGAUUUUUUAAAAUCGUGCUUUAAAAAGUGGCCGCCUGUGCAUAUCAUAUAUAUGGGGGAGGGGCACUUUGCCCCGUGCCUUCAGCUCAAAAGGGCCCCACAAAGAAACAAAGACCCUUAAAAGUUCUUGAGACGAGUUUGCUUAACUGAGAGAAUGAAUCCUAGCUGCGUUAGUGUCAGAUUAUAUACAGUAAAGUGUAAUAUCUUGUGAAACACCGCUUCUCCCGUUUUACAAUUAUGACGUCAUGGAGGCCCCCUGUUUAUAUCGAAUUCAUUUUUGGCACAACAUGAUUCCCUUUUGCUCAUUGCAUUUCAUUAUAAUUAUUGAAAUUAUUUGGGUUCGUAUAAAUAAUAAUUCGUUAAUUUAAUACAGGUGAGUGUGUGCUGUCGCUGAAGGGCCACCUUUUUAAUACUCCACAAACGUUCGAUUCAGGCCUUACCCAUGGGGGUAUUAAAGCUGGUGAAAUAAGGUAAGCAUCAUCCUCUAUCUCUCAAAUAUGUUUCAUAAAUGAUUAGAGGCCGUCUCUGUCAGUCGUUGCGUUAAUUUGCAGUCAGUCGUGGAAUCAACGCAUGUGAUUGGUUCAUGGCCACAACGAAUUAACGUAUUCAGUUUAUGUUUAAUGGUGCAUUUGUUUAUUGUGCUGUAGAGGUAGCAUGAAUGUUCUGAAUACAAAACAAGCAGCUGUUUUGAGAAGACCGCCAGUACACGCGAAGCCUGACAUAGGUACAGUAUUAUUAAAUUUUCUAAUUUCUUAAUUAGAUUUAUUAGAGCUUAUUACCUUAUUUUCCACUCGAUUAUAGCAACGAAAAUAACCUCGAAGUGCUAAAAUUCCUUUAUCUUUUCCCUUUUCUGAAGUACUUGGCCUGGAUUAUUGGAUGUAUAACACCUGCUAAAAUUCUCUAUUCUGUUUUUAUUAUCCUGUUUUUGUUGCGGGUCAUUCAGGUUUUUCUUUGGUUAUGCUAUAAUAGAACGUCUGCACAUUUGACCAUAUGUAUCUUUAAUUAAGGUCACAACGCAAUUUUAUGCGAUAAAUUUAACCUGGUAACGAAGCGGUCUGUUUCUGCAUUUCAGGUGCUAAGAGUCCAUCUGUCAACAGACCGUACAGUUGUGUCGCAACAAACCUCAGUGACAGCAUUCCUACAUCAAGAAUAAAGUGUGAGCAUCGUAUACUUUAUUGUUGUUUCACUCAUACGAUUUGGUAGUUUGCGAACGCAGACUGUCUCUCGUCUCAGUCUGCAAAGCAGACUAACGAUUUGGAAUAUACCAACUGGUUUGCAGAUGAGUAUCAUUGUUAUAUGUAACAGCAAGAUACGCGUAUGUAAAAAUAUGCAGGGUGUCCCAAAAAUGUAUCUGCUAUAUGUUUUCUGGUAUACUAAAGGUUUAGUAAAAGUUUCAUGUAUUUACACUGGAUGAAAUAACUAAUUUUUCUAUUGAUAUUUGGUAUGAUCAAAAUACCCGACCGCAGUUGGCUUCUAGAUCACCAUGUAGAUCACACAACCCGCAGUUGGUAGAUCACCAUGCAAUAUUCAAACUUGUCCAAACAUGCAAAUUAGGUAAAAUAAAUAGGAAUGAUUUAUGAAAUUUAAAAGUUAAAAUUGGUGAAGCUCGACAAGACCUAUACGACUAUUCAUCUUUUCUGUCGCAAAGUAGCGAAUUCAGGAAUGAAUUAAGAAUGAAGACAAUUCCAUUUCUCUGUACACCUGGGCUUCUACCUUAUUUUUAUAUAGGACCUAUAUUUAUAGUUAAUACCAAAUCAUAAAUAUCUUGGGAUUAUGGUAUUAUGAAUUAACGGAGCCUGUUAUUUUGUAUUUUACUGCAUGGUUCAGUUCCUUUCACCAGACAUGUUCUUGCCGUCAAAUUUGUAAUUCCGUUUUGCCUUCUAUAAUUUCCGUAACCGUCUUGUUGUUGUGCAGGGUGACUUACUGAGUUUUCUUUUUCUCUAGCUGCGUCUCUUGGUAGACAACCAAGCCCGGUCAGACUAAGGUCAUCAGGUAGAUAAUACGGUUUGCUUGAACAAUUUGUUACGAUCACUAGUUUUGUAAUGGCUGUGAAUGUUAGAAAAUCUUUUUCAUUUUGUAGGCCAAAUGCCCCUUGAUACUACGAACAUAAGCACAUACAUGUAAGUGGAACAAGAGUCAUUAAUCUUUAUCCCUGUUCCUGGGUACAUCUUUUGUAUUGAUGUGUUUAUUUAUUGAACAGUUUGAGAUUAAAUUAUUAUGAUGAACUAUUUAUGAUUAAGUCUCUUAACGAUCACCGACUGUAUACUUUUUAUUGAUACUUUUCUAGCACGUUACCUGAUUUUUCAUCUGUAACAACAUCAAAUGUAUGUACCUAUAUGUGCGUCUUGGAGCAUAGACAAUCCAGAAGACAGUCUUCUGGAUUGUCUAUGCUUGGAGUAAACGGCAAACACGUUUUGCUCAAAAUCUCUUCUACAACCAAAUAUUUGUACUAAAACCACAACUCACAAGGAAAACGUGAACACAUGUUUUUUUAUUGAGUAUGCCAAGUUUCAUCAGGUUGGCAUCAGCUAAUUAAUUGUAAGUGUUAUUCAUUCCUGAUGAAAUUUAAAUUGGCAUGUCCCAUGUAUAAGCGUUCUCUGAAUCUCUGUGCAAUUUUUUAUUUUUUAAAGAGAAUGUGGUAUAGUAAACAAAAAUCUAUUGUGUAGUUACGUGCCACAGUCAGGUAAUUGCUGUUUAUUCCAAAACGGUGCGAUUUUGAAAACAGAAUUUUUUCAUAUUUUUAUUUAAUAAUAUGUCACUAUGAAAAGGGUGUAUUGAACUACUGUAUAGUUUCGAUAUACAGUUUAAAAUAAAAUAUGUAAACAAAAACACAUGCUGUCAUGCGUGAACACCCACUUUGUUUCUAUGUUUUACCUAGAUGCAUAAAUUAUAUCAAUGUGCCGUUGUUUAACUGGCGUGUUGUCGGUUGCUUUUCUGGUGGCUUUUUACUUUAUUACCAUCAUGUUUUUGUUUUAGAAUCCGUUGGAUCAAAUGACGACAACUGAAUCCUCGGUACCUCCGCCUCUGCCUGCGAAGGUACAGUAUGCUCUUCAUUAUUUCAAGCUUUGCAAAGAUUACAAUUCGAUAUCGUCAGUCGUUAUCAUUGGUUAAUGGAUAUAGUUUACUGCGUUAUUGAAGUUUCCGAACGCUUUUUGAACUUAGUAAACGCCAGUGAUGUUUUACUCCCGAUUAGUUUUUGGAAUGAAAUGGUACACACGAUAUUAUGAAUGUGAACAAAAAGGCAAUGGUGGACACUUUACGCUUUUUUUGCCUUAAAUUCCAUGCAACGUAUAGCUUAACUUAUAGCCUGCCAAUGCAACUAGUUGUUACCCACUAUUAAUAGAUGCCGUACACAUCCCAAUGCGUUCUUUGUAUUUCCUUAAAUCCAUAUAAUAUUGUCGUAUUUGCACGUCCUCGCGCGAAUAAAAGAGACCUUAAGAUGUAGAACGGCAAAGCGACGACGACGGCCAAAACAAAUUCAUUCAAAUAAAUAAUUGUUAAGAAAGCUUAUCGUAUAUUAUCAAUCAUAUAUGAAUUUAAAACAACUUGAAGAGAUCAGAGGCUUUUCAUUGACUAGAGUUCCACAUUAGUACUGAACCAAUUAUAUACACGUACAAACAUGCAAACGUUGUGUAGACAAGACGAAAAAGCCCUACGGUUUAGCCGUUGUAAACAGACCGUGAACGACGUAUAAAUCUUCCGUGGGAUUUUAAUUAUUCAUUUCAUUUCUUAAAUAUUAUUCAUUUCAUUGUAUUACUAGCCGUCGUCGUCACGUUGCCGUCCCAGAUCUUAAGGUCUCUAAAGCCUUCGUUCUUACUGCACUUUUUUCUCGUUCACUUUUUCACGAGACCAAGACAAGGACAAAAAUUUUAAAAUCUUUAGUGUCAAUUCUUUCAACAGACGUAUCCGAGUAAGACUUCGACGCUGCCCGGCACAGUGGAUGAAUUUCUUUCCAAGAUAGGAUUAGGAUGUUAUCUCAGUAAUUUAGAAGAAAAUGGUUUUGAUGAUUUGACAUUUCUGGAUAAUAUUUCUGACGAAGAUUUGGCAGAUAGUGGUAUAACAGACAAUGGUCAUAUAAAAAAGGUAUGAAAGUGAUGUAUUUUUUUAGGCAAAUGUUGUUCAAAAUAAUUAAACUAGCUCUUCUUUCUAUUUUAAAUGAUAAUUAAAAUGAAUGACUUCACUGAUAGCUCUGUUAGUUCCAAAUUGCUCUGCGUACGUAGCGAUCCUGUGCCAUCCCUUUGCGUCUCACUUGCUGGAAAGCUUGCGGUGUCUGCAUGAACGAAUCAAACGGACUCUUAAUAUCUCGUACCUGAGCUGCUGUUCCACCAACACUCGUGCAAGACUGCAAUAUACAGGUUUGCUGUAGGAACCCGUCCAAUAAACGUCCCUUCAAUUGAAUGUUUCAUGUAAUUUCAUUUGGGAAAAUGUGAGAACAGAACUGAAUGUAUAUAUAUAUUUCGCUGUCCUUUUUGGCUUGUUCAAACCUUUAUUCAAUGUCAUGAUUGGAUUGAAAUUAAAAUGCCUAUUAUAGAAUUAGAAUAACCUUGACCAGGAUUAUGUGACCAAAUUUAAAAGUAGUACUAUUGAUUUAAGCGUUUAAUUAUAGUUUUGUUUUUAGAUUUUAAAUGAAGUUGAACGGUUAAGAAAAGCUGGGGCUUUUACCUCGUAA